AUGAGAUUAAGAUAUAGGUGGGGCCCAUCUAUUGGUAUUAGGAGCGUGAUUACUGAUUUACCUAUUGUUGCCCUAGCUCAUCAUUGGAAGAAGCAGCAGCAGGAGGAAGGAGAGGCAAAGAGAAGCUUUCAUCUUCUUCAGAUUUUCGAUCUGAAGAGUCUACCCUACUCAUCCUUGAAAGCAACAGCAGCAAGAAGGAGAGGUAAUGUUUCCAACCGUGCCGACUCUACUAAAAUUGGGAAAAAAGGGCGUGACCUGCUGAGGGGAUUCUCACUGAACUAUCAGAGAUGGCAAAAAAAUCUUGGAUCAUUCAUUGAGAAUACUAAUACUACGAUGGUGGAGAUUGCUCAUAGGAUAGGAUAUUCACAUGACCUAUCCCAACAAAGGAGGUUGGUUAAUGCAGAACUUCUGAAGUUGCCAAUGAGUACUACCUAAAGGUUGAUGGCAGCAUCUAUGAUAGUGAAAGAUGAAGACAAAGUUGACUUGUUCUUCAGUUUAGAUGAGAAUGACAAGAUAGAGUGGGUUUCUUUGUUAUUGGAAGGUCAUAUUUGAAUAUGGUAUCUAUUUUAUAAUGGUCUUUUUGCUUGCCACAUGACUUCGGUAAUAUAUUAUGUGAUACAUAAAUAUUAUAGCUUAGGUAUUAUCGUGGAUGCACAUGGUGCAUAAUUUUGCAUGGAAAUCAUGGAUAUGUAGACUUGCCCUUUCAUGGUGGAUUUCCAUAGUAUGUUUUC